AUGGCGUUCUUCGCGCUGCCUACGCAGGAGAAGCUGGACAUGUCCGGCGCCGCCCACCCCAUGGGGUACGGCAGCAAGAGUAUCGGCUCCAACGGCGACGUCGGGUGGCUGGAGUACCUCCUCCUCUCCGUCAGCGCCAACACCGUCAAGGUCUCCUCCCUGCCGCCCUCGCUCCGGUCCAGCCGCACGGCGGGCCUGCAGAUCAAGCUCCGGGACGGCAGGUGGGUCCCCGUGCCCCCCGCCCCAGAAUGCUUCAUCGUCAACGCACGGGAUGGUCGGAAGGGAGAUGUGCGAAAUGACCGUAAACGAAUAAAAUCAACAAAAAUAGCUAUUUUGGAUAAGUAUCAGGAAGCGUCAGCAAGCGUUAUGAAGUAUUUCCAACCAUUGUAA